AGGGCCUGGUGUGUGUGCUUUAUAGAGAGAUACGGACGUUUCGUGUCCGUGCCUAGUGGCGUUGUGGCAGUACAGAGAGCGCGGAGGCGUUUAUGUUCGGCGUGACCGCAGACUGCACUAUGACUACACAGAUCAAGAGGAAGGCAUUGUCACUUCAAGAAAAAAUUGUCAUAUUGGAUGUUUACGAUCAAAAAUCGCCAACAACGAAACAAACUCAAUUAGCCGCGGAGCUUCGCCUACCGGUUUCAACGUUACGCACCCUCGUAAAGAACAGACAUGAGAUCGAAGAAAAGUACAAAUCCGGAGGUGUGCAGAGAAAAAAGCACAAGGUAGGAAAGUUUGAUAAGUUGGAAAAAAUUCUGAUAAAAUGGUUUCAUCAAACGCGAGCUGCAAACCUGCCUAUAAGCGGUCCCAUAAUAUGUGACAAGGCGCGUAAAAUCGCCGAAGAGUUGAAGAUCACUGAUUUUAACGCUUCUAAUGGCUGGAUAAAUCGUUUUAAAAAUCGACACGGUAUCGUGUAUCGUCAAAACAGUCUGGAAUCAGAGGCACAUCAUGAAGAUGAUGAAACUAUGCAAAAAUUCUUCAAUAACGCGGUCGACGUCGUGUUAAAGGAGGAAGAGGACGAGGAGAUACUGCAGGAUUUUCUUGGACAUUCUUCCAUUGAUGACAAACAAUUAAUUGAAAAUGUUAAUAGUACACAAAACGAGACUCUAAGUGAUCAUGAUGAUGACGUAGAUGAGACAAAACCAGUUCUGACCAAAACCCAGGCUUUAGCAGCUAUUAGUGAUUUAAAAUGUUAUUUGUCUUCUUUGGAUCAAAGUGAAGACGCGCUGCAAAAUUUGAAUUAUGUAGAAAAUUUUAUAAUUGAUAAUACAUCAAAAUCGUGA